AUGGAGCCAGAACAGCAGCCAGGCAGUGGCGGCUCUCGCAGGUCCGGAGCCGUUUCGACUACCUGCCGGUCCCGUACGCCGCCGCCGGCUACCCCGAACCCGUCGUCGCUCAUGGAGAUUUCGUAUGCCUUCGACUCAUCCCAUGAUCACUCGCUCACGAGCCCGCGAUGGACAGCCCGUUUCCCAGCUUGCUCGCUUGUACGAGGCCAGUUCUCGAGUACUACGUCCCUCGACAACGAUCGAGACGUCUCAGGUGACAUCGACAGCGAGGCAGAGACUGAUACCGGCUCUUUCCACGGUAUUCUGCCUUCCACUCGUUGCCAUGAAGGUCGAGGAUGGUCUCCAUGUCACCCACAGAGCCAACACUUUGCCAUCUACGAAGAUCCGUCAGGCCAGCCAACCCCCCAGGCUCUCACCCCAAUCCUAUAUUCCGACUCAGAUGAGGAGAAGGAGAACUCUUAUGGCUCUUCUGAAUCUGACGAGGAAGAAGCGAACGCCGAUUCUACCUCCAGCUCUGAUGAGGAGUGA